CGCUGUAUCCUGCUCCGUGUGUUAGCAACAACAAAAGUAAAGCCGGAGCAGAGUCCGCUGUCAGCAGCAUCUUCUCUCCCGUCCUCUGCCGCCGGGCUCCGCUGGCUGAGAGGAUGCUUAAGCAAAACGGAACCCGGAGAAGCGAAUGACAUUUGUUAGACGAUGGCACCCCAGUUCCCAUACGUGGAAGGAGGAUGCAGAAGCAUGUUGCUUUAAAGUGUGACCUGCGGUGAACGGGGGAGGCAGAAAAGGAGGAGGAGGAAGAGUGAGGUGUAGGCAAGCAUUGAGUGAUCUGCCACAGCUCCCAGUAGGGGGCCCACUGCAAGCGGAGCGCAAUGGGCAACACGGCCACCAAGUUCCGCAAGGCGCUGGUGAGCGGGGACGAGGCACUGGCUUGGCAGCUGUAUGAGGGCAACCCUCAGUUCAGGGACGGCCUGGACCCAAACGCAUCAUACGGGGAGCAGUACCAGCAUAACACACCUCUGCACUACGUAUGUCGCCAUGCCAUGACUCGGCUGCUCAGGUCGUUCCUGUUCAGCAAAGAGGGAAACCCAAACAAGCGUAAUGUGCACAAUGAGACGUGCCUCCACGUGCUGUGCCAAGGCCCGCAGAUCCUGCUUCUGCCAGAGGGAGCGCUGUCUCCGCGGCUGGCCCGACCGCAGAGGGACGAGCAGCGCCGCUCAGACUGCCUCCAGAUGAUCCUGAGCUGGACCGGAGCUAGGCUGGAAAGUGGCCAGUAUGAGAAGGCCAACGUGAACGCCACCGACAACCACCACAGCACCUGUCUGCACUACGCUGCUGCUGCAGGAAUGAAGAGCUGCGUGGAGCUGCUGAUCCAAAGCGAGGCUGAUCUGUUUGUGGAGGACGAGGACAAGCUGACGCCAUGCGACCAUGCCGAGCGGCACCACCACACCGACCUGGCGCUCAGUUUGGAGUCACAGAUGGUUUUCUCCUGCGCCUCGGCUCAGCAGUCAAGCAGAGAUGCACACGGUGAAAGCCGCCUGCUGCAAUACAAGGAGCCUUACGAGGGACUAAAGAUUCAGGAUCUACGCCGACUGAAGGACAUGCUGAUAGUCGAGACUGCAGACAUGCUGCAAGCUCCACUUUUCACUGCUGAAGCCCUGCUUCGAGCGCACGAUUGGGACAGAGAGAAGCUUCUGGAAGCCUGGAUGUCUGAUGCUGAAGGCUGCUGCCAGCGCUCCGGUGUCACCAUGCCUACCCCUCCGCCCAGCGGCUACAAUGCCUGGGAUACAUUGCCGUCUCCACGCACCCCUAGGACCCCACGCUCACCUUUGACGCUCACUCUCACUUCCCCCACUGACAGUUGCCUCACACCUGGAGAGGAGGGCCUUGCUACGUGUGGCAUCUGUCUCUGCUCCAUCUCAGUUUUUGAAGACCCGAUUGACAUGUCCUGUGGUCAUGAGUUCUGCAGAUGCUGCUGGGAGGGGUUUCUUAAUGUAAAGAUUCAGGAAGGCGAUGCUCACAAUAUCUUCUGCCCAGCCUAUGAGUGUUACCAGCUGGUACCUGUUCAUGUGAUCGAGAGCGUGGUCUCUAGAGAGAUGGAUCAGCGGUACCUGCAGUUUGAUAUCAAGGCCUUUGUGGAAAACAAUCCAUCUAUCCGCUGGUGUCCUGCGGCUCGGUGUGAGCGAGCAGUGAGGCUCACCAGACCCGGCCCCGGAGACAGCGACCCCCACAGCUUCCCCCUGCUGCCAUCUCCAGCUGUCGACUGUGGCAAGGGUCACCUGUUCUGCUGGGAAUGCCUCGGUGAGGCCCAUGAGCCAUGCGAUUGUCAGAUGUGGAGGAACUGGCUCCAGAAAGUCACAGAGAUGAAGCCUGAGGAAUUGGCAGGUGUGAGCGAGGCCUACGAGGACGCUGCAAACUGCCUGUGGUUGUUGACCAACUCCAAACCAUGUGCCAACUGCAAGUCGCCCAUUCAGAAGAAUGAGGGCUGCAACCACAUGCAGUGUGCCAAAUGUAAAUAUGACUUCUGUUGGAUAUGCCUGGAGGAGUGGAAGAAACACAGCUCAUCCACGGGAGGCUACUAUCGCUGUACUCGCUAUGAGAUCAUUCAGCAGCUAGAAGAGCAGUCCAAAGAGAUGACUGUGGAGGCGGAGAAGAAGCACAAAAGUUUCCAAGAGCUGGACCGUUUCAUGCACUACUACACUCGCUUCAAGAACCAUGAACACAGCUACAAGUUGGAGCAGAAGCUGCUGAAAACGGCUAAAGAGAAGAUGGAGCAGCUGAGCAGAGCCCUGAUUAGCCGUGAGGGAACUCCUCCAGACACCCGGUUUAUUGAGGACGGUGUGACCGAGCUGCUGAAGACGCGGCGUGUGUUGAAGUGCUCUUACCCUUACGGCUUCUUUCUGCAGCACGGCAGCACGCAGAAAGAGAUAUUUGAACUUAUGCAGACCGACCUGGAGAUGGUGGUAGAGGAUUUGGCUCAGAAAGUCAACCGGCCGUACCUCAGAACGCCACGGCACAAAAUAAUCAGCGCAGCGCGGCUGGUGCAGCAGAAGAGGCAGGAAUUCUUGGCGUCAGUGGCCCGCGGUGUCGCUCCAAACGACUCUCCUGAUCCUCCCCGCAGGAAUUACCCUGGGGGAUCAUGGGAUUGGGAGUACCUCGGCUUUGCAUCACCUGAGAUGGGAAGCCGUCACUCUGUACUGGGACCAGGAGAUCACAGAGAGAGACAGUCACAGGAUUACGCUGACAUCCAGUACCGUCGUAGACACAGACCACGGCGCAGAGGAGACAUGCUGAGUCUGCACAACCUCCGAAGCAGCAGCAACACGCCGGAGACCAGCAGGAGGAGUGAUAACACAGAUCCCACAGAAAGAACCGAAGGUCGCAGGAGAGCGCUGGGCUCCCUCGACGAAGACGACCCAAACAUCCUUCUCGCCAUCCAGCUGUCGCUCCAGGAUUCCCGGAGGGAGCAGGGCCUGGAGGGAGGAACGGAGCUGGAGCACGACGGAGGACUGGAAAGAAGGCCGGGUCCUGAUCUGGCCGACGCUUCCUUACACACGCUUAGCAUGGAGGAUCCUCCUGGAGCCCGAGGUUCAUCCUUUCCCACCUCCCUCCUGGAUCCUCCGCGGCCCCCAAACAGGACAGACUCCACCUCACAGCCAUCUAUUCUAAGCUCCCUCCCCCUGCCUCCCCCUCCUCCCACCCUCAGCGCAGAGCUGCUGGAGCUGGGAGACAGCCUUAUGAAACUGGGGAACAUAACCACUCCUCACAACAUGGACACAGAGCCUACAUGCAGCCACAGUGCGCUGACCGCUCCUUCCAGCGACUGCAGCCACAGAGUAGACCACAACACAUCAGCUCAACGUGUGCUGGAUCAUAUCUCAAUCACAGAUCCUCAUCCUGACAGCAAAGAGCAGAGCUACAGUAGCUCCUCUGUUUAUUCGGCUGAGGGUGAACCCCCUCCCUCCUGUGCACUGGACUGCACUCAUAACCCCCUUCAUGCUAGUCUGUAUAACCGGGGUCAUAACACAGGGGACUGCUCCUACCAGCCAGGUAGCUCCUACACUGCAGAGCAUCCUUCCACCUAUGCUCUGGACCAGCCGCCCAGGCCAGAGCUUCAGCCUCCCAUCCAGUUGUGCCUCCCAUCACCAGAGCCAGAGCCAGACCUGCUGCUGUCCCCAGUUAUUCCGCCGGGGGCCCCUUUCACUCCCAGUGACCCUCAGAGUCUAGAGGCUUUGGACCCCACAGCAAGCGCUCAGCUGCUGGACAACAUCAUGGCCUGGUUCAACAACAACAUAAACCCCCAGAACAACCCGCAGAACCUGGCUCUCAUCCCGUCCCCGCCUACCACAGAAACGGACUCCUCCCCCGACACGCACACCGAGGCCGAGAGGGAAAGGACCAGCGCCCCGGUAUGGCAGCCCCUGGAGGGCAAGCCUGACGCAGCGGAGGGCAGAGACGCCCCAAAAAGGUCGAGGCCUGACUCUCUGGAGCUGGAAAAUAGAGACGUCGUGGAGGAGGGUGUGAGCAGGGGGUGUGUGUCGGACCUGUCGCUGGACGAAGUGCACACACACCCGCGGUCACACAGCCAGCACGGGGACAGCCUUCCUCACUCUGGCCCAGCCACAGAGGGGGACGCAGACGCCGUGCUGCAGCUGGAGGGGGGAGGGUCACCGGCGGAGUGGGAGGAGCAGGAACACUUGGUGUGACGCAGAGAGGAGCGGUCACCGGAUGUACCAUACUGUAUUUAAAGAUGAUGUCACACACAGGCUGGAUGUUUUAAGUGCUUUGCGUCUGCUUCAGAAACAGACGAAUUAUUCAUUCAGACAAAAUAAGUUUUGGAGAAAAAAGCUGUUUAUAUCAGAACACAUGAACCACUCCAUAGUUUUAUUUAAAUUGUUCAUUUUCCUCCUGCUUCUCGUAUUUAUGUUCUCUGUUUGUUAAGGAUGAAGGGUUGGUGCUGCAAUCCAAGCUUGCCUCAUGCUUUAAAACUCUCGGCUGAUUGAUUGAAUAGCUGACAGACGACCCUAACCCGUUCUAUCCCAGAGACCACAAUCAGAGAGGUGUCCUUCGGAUACCUGUGCCUGUUGUUGGUGCCAACACUGCCUCCUCACAGGAAGGUAUUUGCUCAAAGGCACUUCUAAAGGGCGGAUUAUACUUCUGCAACCGCACACAUCAAAUGUCGCUUGGGUCUGGUUGCAAACCAGUUUUGCUGGUAUGCUUCUGCAAGGUCGGUCUGGAAUUUCUAGGGACGCACAGAAGUUUCCCACCAAAGCGCUAGGGGGAGCCUAUUCGAGAACGUCGGCGGAUGGUCACGAAAAUUUCUUUAGCAGCGCAGGCAGGAGUGUUUAUUUUCCAAAACAACAUGUCUGAGGCAUCGUACAACUAGUUAUACUCCUCGAUCAACCUUUCGUCAUGGUUAUCCAUUGCCGUUAUUACACCUCAGUUUCUAAAAAUGGCGCCCCGGCACUGAAUCUAGAAGGACGACCACACAGACAGCCAGACAGGCAUACCAAGGAUCAAUCACGGCUGCCUAUUGUCUACGCACUUCCGCUUGCUGUCUGCGUGGGUUUGCGACCGUCCGACGUGUAGUCAGGAUUUUUUUUGAGGUGCGCAACGACGGUUGCAGAACCUCUGCAUUGGGGGUGUGGUCGCGCACAGAGACAGAUUUGACGGUUGCAGAGGCUAUGCGUCGGAAGUAUAAAUUGGCCUUAAUGUAAGAUCAUUUCAAAGCAUCUGGAGAUAAGCAGAGUUUAGACACACACUCGCCAUUCAGGUCAUCGUCACAUUGGUUUGGGGAUUUUUAAUGAUUGAUUGAUUGAUUUAGUUUAUUUUCCUCUUUGCAAUGAUUCUUCUAAACAUCAUUAGUAGUUUUCUUUUAAGUGUUAAAUGACUCCAUUUGAAUGAAGGAGAUCAGAAUCACCUUUAUUGGCCCAAGUACGUACAUAGUCCAAAUUAUCCAGAUAAAGGGCAUCAGACACUUGAGUCACUAUUUCUAGCCGUUUGCAGGUUUUCUGCAUUUUUCUUUUUAGGUCAGAUAUUAAAUUCUAGUGUUGAAUUAACUAGUUUGACUAGUUUUAAAUGUUUCCUUUUUAAUCCUGUCUUAUACACUGCUGUCAGUGAAACAGGCCCGCUGCAUGAUGCUACCUCCACCGUGCCUCACAGCAGAGGUUAAAAACCUCAUGGAGCCCUUCAAAUAAGCUUCUUCUUGUCAUUUUAGCCAAAUACUUCAGCCACCAUCUGCUUUGAAAGUAUUUUCCUUUCUUCUUAAGGUAAAAUAUUUUACUAGCUUCCUGUCGGAGGGUAGCACUAUGUUUCCAUCCUUUUGGGGGGCUUCCUGGGUUGGAUUCAAGAAUCCAAACAAACAUCCUCAUUGUUGUAUUCCAAAAAGGGUGACGAUCUUAAACUUAAUCACCUUUAUUUCAAAGUUUAUAUUUGGACUGAUAUUAAUAAGAUGUCCCAUUUCUGAUGACUAAAGCAGUGUUGUCGGAAAAUUUUAUUUCUCUUAUUUCAUAUAUUAAUUUAUCCUAUUUACUCACUAUAAAAGUGAGUCAAAUAUGCAUCCAGCUUGUUGACGGCUACAAAAAGCAUGCUGGCAAGGCACAACUAAGAAAACCUACAUUUGAAAGAAACAUCCUCCAAAGAUUUGUUUUUGAAAUCAUUAAAGUUAUAUAUUGUUCUUUUCACUUGAAAAUGGCUGAGUGAAUCAUUAAAUCCCCAAAUCAUUAUGACGUUCAGCUGCACCUUACUUUGGCUCCAAAUUUCGAUCUGCAAAACUCUGAGGUUUGCAGCGUAGCUCAGGUCGUUUCCUACAGCGCGCAACAAUUUGCCCUCAGCUUAUCUUCAGCUUCAAACAGCAACUGAAGCCAGAAACCUUAAACUGUUACCACAAGUAUGAUCAGAGUUUUAAGGGAGCCACAUUUCAAGUAAAUGAAAUUAAAAUAUUUAAUGUAGAACAAUUUAAAAAAGGAUUUGAUUGGAACAUGUUGAUUGUGAUGUCAUUUAAAAUGUGGCUGCUGAUUGGAGGAAGAAAACAGCAUCCAUUGCUUUGCUUUCUGAUAUAAAACUUUAUUAAGUUUCGUUAUUUUAACAUUCAGUUUUAGAACCUCACACUACAGCAAAAUUAAUUUCAUGCAUUAUAUUUCUUUAUUUUCAUUUCUAGGCGGGGGGGCUUAAUGCAAUUUAAUUGCUAGUUUAGAUAUAUUAUCUCAGUUUACUGUGUUCUGCCUGAUUUAAGAGUUUUUGCACAUAAUCUCUGAGAAGAAGUUACGGUUCAUCCUCUGCAUGUGAAAGCAGAUCCCAUUUCCUCCAUCUGGUCCAGUGGACUGUAAUCGAUUGGAAGUUGGUUGGGAAUUUUACUGUAAUUUAUCCUUUAUUAAUCAAAACAGAGAAGAUCUUUCUGGUUAAGACCAGAGUUUAAUGGUCUGUGUGCCUUUUUAUUUCCCUGUAUAGGUUUGUAUUUAUUAUAGUUUUUUGCUUUUCAAACCUGCAAAGAUUUUAUUUAAAGAAAACAGAACACUUCAUUUCACUUCUGAGCCCCACAACAACAGGUUGAUCUCAGUCCAUCUGAGGCUGUUUUUUCUUUUAGAGAGUUUUACGCUAUAAGAGCAACAGGUUUAUCUAAAUGAUAUAUUUUAUUUAUUUCUUUUUUUUUUCCCAGUCAGGCUAGAUCUUUACAGCAUUAAUGCCCUGCUGGGAUGUUUACAGAAGAUUCAAACACUGCCUGCUGUGGUGCUUUAAUCAAACCUUCAUGGCUGGAGAUUUGAACCAGUGAGGUUGUGUCCUUUGGUUUGAAUUUCAAGCCUGAAACAGGAGGUUUGAAGUGCUUAAAAACCGGAAAGAAACGGUUUUCUUCUGCAUUUUCAGAAAGAUUAGAGAAACUGGUUUGAGGCCUGAUGUUUCACAUUCAGGUCGCCGCCCCUACAGGUUGGUUUUCUCUUACGCCGUAAAACAAUAGAAGCACUGAAUCUGGAUUAUCUGUUCUCCACCAGCUGGAGAAAGGAUUAUUUAUUUUUCAAGUAGAAGUGGGUUGUUUGUGUUGAGUAAUUGUCCAGUGCCAUCUUGUACCCCUCCCUUUGUAUUUUUAAAUAAUUUCUCUGAACCAACACCUUCAUGAUUUGGGGAAAAAGAAAUGAAAAUGCACUCAUUGAUUUUACUUAAUACAUUCCCACCUGGUUUUAAGAAAGGUUCAAUGUGUGGCCAAAUCUACAAGUGAAAGUGUCCGUGCAGA